CCAUUUCGGGUUAAGGUUUUAAACGAUUACCACCGGUGAAUUUUAAGCCGAUAAAGAGAAAUAAACGCUACGCUACAAUUUGCAGGAUAUCUUUAUUCAUUGCAUAAGUUCCGUAAUGUAUAUAGCUGUGUUCCAUUUUUUUGGAGGAAUUGUGAAAAACCCUAGUUGCUUCUAGACGACUAUAUACCAUAAUAAUUCUGAAAUCAGUCGCUCUCGCGAAUAUCCACCGGAAAACAAUAGACUUUGUCGCCUGACGCUUCGGCGCAGAUUAUUGUAGUGCAGCGCAUCGUCGCCGUCGUGAGCAGUUCAGUUGCAGAUUGAAUUGAAGUUGGCAUGGCAGCUUUUCUUUAUCAGUUAUCAUCUCUCGUAUUCAAGGGGAAAUCACCGUUUCUAUUAUUUCCACUCAACUACAAACUUGUUAACUUUCACUCCAUGUUCUCUGCACGUUCUACUGCUAAAUUGUUGCCUUCCCAAAUGAAAGGGCAAUGCAGAAAACUUGAGAAGAGUGCUCCAACAAAACACAACAAUAUCGCCUGGACUGACCAACAUCAAUUUUUGGCAGUUGAACAUUCAGCAUUUCAAAACCAGUGUGUGUGCUAUUAUUCAAAGAAGACGAAGUCAAAACAAAAACCUGUCAAGAGAGGUGUGGACUCAGAUGAUGAAACUGACGAUGAGGAGGAGAAGGUUGACAGCGACGUUGAUGAUUCUGAAGAAGAAGAUGAGAUUGAUGGUGCCAAGAAAGACUGGAAAGAUUUGAAGAUGAAUGUUCCAUCUUUGAGGAUAGAUGCUGUCUUGAGCUCUGGUCUUGGAGUAUCUAGAAAGAAAAUUGAGGAAGCAUUUCUCAAAGCUAAACUGCGACACAACGGCAAGAAAGUGAUGAAAAAGAGUCGACAGGUACAAGAAGGAGAUGUCUUGGAUGUCGUGAAAGAAGACCGCAUCACCAACAAAGAAGGAAAACUCAUCAUGCUCGUGAUGAGGGUGGAGAUGAAGAAAAUCAAAGAAGAGAAAACACCAUCAGAUAGGACGCCUGUAAAGCUACGUAGGUGGAAGCACUUAGAACUACCUAGAGAAAAGUGAUUCAUCUGUGUUGCUUUGUAUCUUUUUAGCAGUAACUGAUUUUCAUUUUAAACUCCCUGGCAUCUACCAUACAGUUUUCUUACUAUUCUUGUAGACAAUCACAGCCCCAUAGACCUUCCAGCUUUCAUUAGAUGUUGUAUUUUUUCCUUCUGAAACCUUCAUGUCAUCCCUGCAUGGUUGUAACUGUCCCAGAUUAUCCAAUUCUAUAUUUUAUCUAAUAUUUUACCCUUCUACUGUACUUGGGUGUCAAAAUAAGUGUUGUGAAUUCUAAAGAUAGUAUUCAUGGAACCAUAUUUUAUCCAGCUCAACAAUUAAACAAUAUUUUUCUGCCUGGAAA